UGGUGGUGGGGAGGGGGGGAGAAGCCCCCGCUCGUACAAAAGCCUCCGAGCGGAAGCGGCGCGUCCGUCGCGCGGGGUGGCAGCCAUGCCCCCGAGGAAGGCCCCGGCCAAGCGGCGCAGCACUGACUCGGGCGUGGAGCGCGACCGCGGGGCCCUCUCUCAGGAGAAGAAGGAUCAGCGCAUCUCGCUCUUCCUCAGCGAUUUCGACCAGCAGGCCAAGGAAAGCAUCCGGGAAAUGAAGAAAGAACUCGAUUUGCUCUUGCAAAUGGCUGAGAAAGCGUUCAUGGUGGAACUGCUGAAGAUGCCGACUGCCAUCAGAAAGAUGAAAAGAAAGGACUUGCUCAACUUGCAAGAAGGGGAGGAAUUGGCCCUUGCUGCUGCAGCGACUGACUGUGCUCUAGAAGAUGUACCAAAUCCAAAACUGACAAGGACCAACAGCAAAAAAGUUAAGGUAACUACAAUUGUUGAGUAUGGAGACGCCAAGUAUACAUCUGCAAAGAAAAUACCUAAAAAAGUAACCAAAUCAAAAUCACUGGUUUCAUUGAGCUCUGGUUUGAACAGCAAACUGAACGGUCUUUCUAGAUCUGUUUACUCUUCCACAAGUGUGAAUGAGGCUGUUAAGACUCUUGCCUCUGACUGCAGUGCCACAAAUAUCAAAGCCACGCCAAAAGUAUCUAAAAGUGCUGGACUACAACAAGCUGUCUCAAGAACUAUACCUACCAGUGAAAGAGUUCAAGGCAUGAUACUAAGAAGUAAAUCGGUACCCCAAGAUAAAACUGUUCCAUUUGUAAACAUUCCUUUGGCUGAUGGACAGACACUCUGUAUGGCUGGUGGAGACCUCCGUAACAUUGAUGUUCAACUCCUAAAUCGAGAUACAGUACAGCAUAUUCAUAACCUAGUGAGUGAGCUGACUGUAUUAUGUGGAAAGGCUACUGCUAAGUCAAGUUAAUGGAACUGUCUUUUGACAACAGAAUACUCACGGCUGCUCUUACUUUCCUCCUCUGAAGUGUUCAGAGAAUGUCUACACUGUCUUAAUAAAGCUGUAUACUGCUGAAUAAAUAUACAUAUAUUUUACAUAAAAGCUUACAAUUUGA